ACCACCACACUUGCAGACCUGCAGGAGACAGGCUGUAUAUCUGCCAGUACUGUUGCCUGAAAAACAGAGGUCAGUUCCGCUUCCUAAAAAAAGAAAAAUCCUCCACUCCCUUCCUCACUCUAGAAUUUUUGAACUGAGAGUUUCCCUUUUAAUUUAUUCACCACCUAUAAACGGUACGGAUGAUGAAGAUGCUGGAAGAGGAGGAAGGCUGCUACUCUGCUGAAAUGAUGCUCGGCUAUUAGGAAGAGAAACCAGUCAAGACACAUACAUCAGAGAGAGCCUUGUCUAAAGAUUCAGUGUCAGCAACAACAAUUCUGAUCACCUACCUGUAACGGUCUACUGACAUGCCGCAGACCUGGAAAGGCAGCUUCAAGCAAUUUCUGCUUCAAGCAUUGCAUAGUGCCCUUACUUUUACAUUGUUACAUGAUACAAAACAAGAGUUCACUGACCAUAGAAUCACCAUAUACUUGGAUUCUGCAGUGGCUGUCUGCUUGCUGUCAUCACAUCUGGAAACUAUCCUGAGAGCAUGCCUGAAGAUGAUGGAUCAGGAAGUGAAGAACCCUCCCCUCAGCAUAGCCCCUUUCUGCUUUUCCUGCUAGUUUUGGUCUUUUUUGUAACAGGCCUGGUUGGAAUUCUGAUUUGCCAUGUUUUAAAAGAAAAAGGGUACCGAUGUCGAACCGCAGGAAAAGAAAAAGAUCCAGAAAUAAAAAACCUGCCAUCACAAGGUGUGACCGAGACUGCCAUUACACUUUCUCAAGCAUAUGCAACCAGGGAUGAUUGUUCAGGCACCCCUCGUCCACCUUGUGCUUCUACUUCUGACACAGAUGACUCUGAAGAUUUGAACGAUGACACAGUGGAGCAGAUUGUGAAAUGCAUCAUACACAAUGAAGCUAACCUGGAAGCUUUGAAGGAGAUGCUGGUGGAACAACAAGGAAAGGAGCCUGCAGUGUCCAGGAUAUCUCCAGUGCAUGGAAAACUUCGGAGUGUUCCUUCUCAUCAUCACACAGUGCACCUAGGCUCAACACAGGCUCCCUGCAUGCACUGCAUCAAGCGGAAGAAACGAUCCACACAGCAGCGCUGUCGAACUAGGGAAAGCAGAGGCCAUAUCUACCCAGGAGAGGUCACUGUAUUCUCUGUGGGAAGAUUCCGAGUUACACAUAUUGGGAAGAAACCAAGUAUCCCAGAGCAAGACCAUGUUCCAGGUUGUAGUGGUAAUGUUGAGGAAGUUGGUAUUAUGCAGCAAAGCAACACCUGUGGAGAAAACUCCUUGACAGACGAUAUUAGUAACUCUCUCCAGGCAGAUACCCCAAAGGAUGAACGAGUCUCUAAUGGAACACUCCAAAUGGAAAUUUAUAAGAAUGGAACAGGGGCACGAACGGUGUCACAGGAAGAGAUAGAUUAUAAGGCUACAGAGUGCACAGCUGACACUAUCCUGAAGACCAGUGUUACAGACAAGAGUCUGAGUAGCUUAAGUACCAGGAAUGGUGAAACUUUAAUGAAAUCUAAGGAAACAAACCACAGCAAUUCAACUCUGAGUGAAGGUCAUGGAAAUGUAAGAGUACUAGCCCCCUCCUCAAGAAAACUUCAAAAUGAUUUGUGCAAGGACAGAAAAAUGCAGACAGGAACAGAGACUAACGGCACGGUCUUGAAUAGUGACAUAGAGAUGGAGGAAAUAAUAGUUGUACAACAUUGGAAUCAAAAUGAAGAUGAAAAUGAAAAAAGUAAAAAAUCAUGAAAUAAGAGAAAAUUAGAAAGAAAAGCCAUGAUUCAAAGGUGUCAAAGGAGAAGAAACUGACAACAGUGAAGACCUGGAAAUAGUACUCAUAAGACUUUGAAGACCUUUCAGAAAGUUUCCAUCCAUAAAAUACCAGAUGAAAUAUAAACUCUCAUACUAAACCAUUGCAUCUAGGAAAUAGGUCACUCAUUCAAUUACUUAUUCAUACAUAGCAAGAAGCAAUCAAAAACCUGUAUUUGUGUUUAUACUAUUUAGCAAAGCAGAUGGAGUAUGAAAGAAGGUGUGCUAUAAACAAUGACCAUGUGAUCUGGAGACGGGUGCAACUUACUGCAGCUUCACAACGAGACUUAAACUGAUGCAUCCCCUUGACAUUUAUGAUGGUCACUUAGAUGGCUGCUGAAGGAGCUGUUCUGUCAGAAUUUGGUUCUGUGGAAUACUAUUACUGCCAACAGUAUAACUUUACUUAAAACUCUCUCUCUAAAUAUUAAAUCCUUACGUAUUUGAUAACUAUAAUACCAGAAAUAAACGACUGUCACACUUUUCUGAUCUGCCAGAGCUAAAUAAAUGAUCAGGACAAUUUAA